UUUGUGGAGCGGAGAACUUCAACAUUCACGCUCUGACGCGGACUCCUGACGAAGUCGAGUCAACUCGAAUACAAGGAAACCACGGACGACGACGAGAACGAAUACUGGGUGCCCACGCUGUGUGUAGCCCUAGCCUUCUUAAAGUUAGAGGGGCUCGAAACUACAAGAGCCGUCUGUCUCGUACCGACAAAGACCGCAUUACGGACAAAGUUUUCUGGCACAACCUUGAUCUGGUGAAUUCACGCUACAAGCAGAGUCAGAGACGCUAUCAACUAUGCUACUUUGCGCAACAUUUCCCUGCUCCAUUUUGUCGCAUGCAGAUAGUGAAAUCUGCGCACCAAAGCCUAAUAGAAGACCAGGAUAAAGCAGAGGCGAAAAGGGAACGAGAGGAAGACCUGCAACUACUACUUUCUUCACAACAAGCACAAAGUACACCAAGACCAAGUCCACAAGAACAGAGUAAGAGGAAGAAAAAGCGUCGGAUCUUUCUACAUCGAGAUGUUGAGCGCGGUAACGACUUGUUGGUCUUCGGACAGACAUAUGGGGAUACACGUGCGAUGCUGAAUUUCACCAGAUUGGCUGCCUGGCAUAGGAAACACGGGAAGACUACACGACCAUCUUCUAGCAGAACAGCCUUUUCUGGAAGGUUACAUGCCACGAAACGCGGCAGGGUGGGCGUCUACGACGACAUUAUCUUAAGGCUCCUUUUUCAAUACCUACUAUCCUUCCUCUUUCUUUUCCUAGUUAGCUUGGCUGGACCCAUAAUAUCCCAUGAUGUGGACUAAAUCCUGGCACUGGCUGGAGUCCCCCUUGGUUCACAGGGGAAAACAUGGGGGAAAAGGGGAACUAACUCAACCUUCAGGCAUAGUGAAAAACGAGCGUUAAUUAUCGGACUCAUGAUUGCAGAGAGGAAGAAGCAACCAAAAGAAACGGAUCCAACCACUGGCGACCUAGUGGAAGUCGAUAAAGGUUUCAGUUUCUACAUCGAUAGACUUGUCGGUAAAGGAGGACAAGAAGUAGUUGAUGUUGAUCAUGCGUCAUCCACGAACACAUCCCCAUCCUACAAGAACGAACCGCCACCGUUGAGGACGCGAGAAAAGCGUGCUCUUGCAGAUCGAAUUUUGCGCCGGAGAGUGUAUCUACCGUUAAGGCCGACAAUCCCGAGAUUAAUUUCGAAAAUAGCAAAUUCCUCUACCCUAUCUUCUCAUCUAGUAGUAUAUCUCAAUCACAAUCUCAUUCUACUCUUUCUCACUCGUAUUCUAAUGAGGGUAACAAGGAGUCCAUACAACUCAUACUACCUUCCAGCACUAGAUGAAGCGCCAUGGUUGUUUCCCUGUGUCACUGUCACCUCUCCACCCUCCCCUCUAAGUCCAGGCUACCUUCCAGAAGCCACAAGGAUCUACAGGGAUGCAGUGAAGGAUCGUAAAGCCACUUCAGAGAAGAUUUUGUGGGCAUAUAGACCAAAAAAGGAUGCUUGGCACUUUCGUCUCGGACUUGGUCGCAAUCUCACUUCCCUUAUCGGACGAAAUCGGAGGCUGAUGCUUUAUUAUGAAGGAAGAUGAGAGUGAGACAACAUAAAUAGAGUUUGAUAGCCUCAGCCAUACCCAUGGCCAUAGUUUUUUCAUGUUCUUCACACCAGCACCGCACAAAAAUGUAGAAGAUGUAGUACUUACAGCCUUAUAGUACUUGUUCUCUUCUAAGGUCUUGAAAAGUGGUAUUUGCCAGUGAGCCCUGUUGAUGGUUGGACGCCAAAUUCGAACAAGGUGACUGAGGAUCGAGAUGAACCUUCUUCCUACGAGCUGCGCGUCGGCAAUAGCACCCUCAAUAUCGUAGAAGGACAGCGACAGGGAAGCAGACGUACUACAUUACUAAAAAGAUCCGUCCGCCUGAUGCAAGCCACGUCGUUCCAGAUGGGUUUAAACCUGAGACCCAACGGCGGUUCUGGUGUACUUCAGUGGGAUUUAGUGCGGAGAAAAGAAGUUCCUGUCGAGGAUGACGAGCUGGACAAUACUCGAGGAAAACAUAAGCAAGUCCAACUCCAACACCAGCAAAAUUUGUACUACCAUUCAUGGACUGGCGCGAUGAAUAAUACAUCUCCCUAUUACACCGGCAGCAAGCACUGGCGACGACGACAUCGUCAGAGGUGCACGCUACCGAGGGAUAUGCCCACUGAUGUGAGAACCAACGUGUUUUACGAAUACGAAUCAAAGCUUUUUUCUCCGGCACUGGGAGUCGUUUGAUGAUGAACUUGAACAAAAAAGCUGAUGCUGAGAGCUAGUUUCGAUUUCAUCUCGUCGCAGAGAAAAUAAUGCAUAUCCACUCCGACGUGCUAGAUAGAAGCUAAACCUAUAUAAAUCUCAGGACGCUGACGCUGCAGACAAAAUUCUUUCCAACCAUACUUUCCAAGCAAACGGAUUCUAAUCAAUCUAAAUCUAUUUCAAUCAUCUUUUUUUAUCAACAGCUAACACAAGGUAAUGCUUACAACAACGAUUCUGGAAUUUUUUUAGUUCUUCAUCUACAUCUGCAACAUUCGUGAAAGCCAAUCUUCUUCUUCAUCACAGAGGUCUGUGAUCAGCACACUUUUCUGCCCAAGAGCUCGUCUUGCUGACAAUCAACAACAUGGUGUUAUUCCAUGUCGUUUUUCUUUCGGCCUCUGAUGAUCUUGACGGAAGAUUAACAAGAAGUUGUAAGUAGACUCUGAGUUACGCAAUAACCUUUUUUACUGCAACGAAGUAAGUUGAACAAGGAUCAAGAAUGUUGAACUAGUAGUAGGAGAAGCUACUUCACUUAGGCUAAACAAUGAUCAAGAACGAGAGUUUUAAGUUCUUGUAUGCGUACUAAGAUCCACAGGCUGUUUCCUGUGGCCGACGACCUCUACCGUGUGGGCGCCUCAAGGCGAAAAUUUUAAGGCUCUGUGUCACAAUGGGGGUCUCGCCGUUCUUAAAAUUUGACAUCUCAGCCUUUCUUCAACCUCUGCCGUGUGCUGGCCUCGACGAGGAAUUGACAGGUCUCUGCUAGCGGUGGGCGGGUUUUCAUUGUUUUUUGUGACUGGAGGGUAUUACCAACUGCUGAACACUGAUAGCCAAUAAAUGCCAAAAGAUAUUAUUAUUGUUUCUUUAAGCGUGGCGGGGGUAAACACGGAGGACAGCAACAUCAACAGCAUGGUGGUCAACAUGAUCCAGGACAGUACCAGGGUACGAACAUGACGAAAACUGAAUUCUUCAAGAAACAGGAUAAAAUUCCCGUCGAAGUAUCACCUGCUGUACCUGAUUUGCAGCUGCUCCAGGACUUCUUUGGGCAUAUUCCACAGCACUGGUAGGUUGCACCGCAAUUGCUGAAAAAUUGUGAUUAUGACUAAUGUUUAUUUGUUGCUGCCCAAUGUAUAUGAUUAUUAACCUGACUAUCCUCUGUCUCUCUUGAACAAUGAAUAAGGUAUUUCUUUUUUGAUUGAUAUCCAUAUCUACGGUUCAUUUCACAAGACUAUCCUUCUACUACUCAGCAGGCAGCUUUCGAAACAAGAACUCUUGUUGUAGGAUUAAUAAUAAAUGGUAACUAAGUAAAGUAGGUUCUUCUCAGCAGUCUGCGGCGAAAUCAGUGCGUGUGCGACCCCAGAUGGAAGCGAUACAAUGGAAAGAAAGAUGUCAGAAAGAAGAUGCGAAAAGGGUG